AUGAUUUAUGGCUGGAGUGCACCAUACAUUCCAUAUCUUAUUAGUGAUAUAAGUCACAUCCAAACAACUAAACGUGAAGCCGAGUUUUUAGAAACUGCAUUUCUACUGGGAUCGUUUUGUGGCUUACCAUUUACGGUAUAUCUCGUUGACAAAAUUGGAAGAAAAAAGUCACUCCUUCUAGCGUCGUUCGUUGUAUUACUAGCAUGGCUAGCAAUAGGAUUAGGCAACCAGAUGGUGUAUAUUUUUGUAGCCAGAUUCUUUUGUGGAAUGUCAGGAAAUAUGGCAUUCGUAGCAGCGCCGUGUUUUAUUGCAGAAAUAGCAGAUUCCAAAAUAAGAGGAUUUUUGUCAAGUAUUAUUUACGCUAUGAUGUUAUUGGGGUGUUUAAUAGUGUAUUCAGUAGGACCUUACUUACCUUUUUACGUCCCAUGUAUAAUAGGCGGGACUGUCGCUAUUAUUGAAAUAUUAGUAUUUUCUAGAGUACCAGAAAGUGCACUUUAUCUUCUUUCUAAAGACAGACCUGAAGAUGCCUUACAUUCGAUCAAAUUUUACAAACCUUAUGUUGAUCCUAUAAAAGAAUUGGAACAAAUUUCAAAAUCAUUAGAGGAGCAAAGACACGAGAAAGGAAGAUUUUUGGAUUUAUUUCUAGUACCAAGCAAUAGAAAGGGUAUACUAAUUAUGACGGUUUUAAAUGCUGGCCAACAUUUUUGCGCUUAUUCGGUUAUUUUAAUGAACUUACAUCUAAUUCUGGAAAAUGCUGGUACUAAUUAUAUGAAUAGUGCUCAUGCUGCCAUAUUAUUUGCUGCUUUAAUGCUAAUGUCAGUUAUAUUUGCUUCAUUUCAAAUUGAUAAGUAUGGUCGAAAAGUUUUACUUCUUUUUUCUAGCAUACUAACCGCCGUUUGUCUUUUGAGUAUUGCCGUCUAUUUUAAUCUAAAGAUAAUUGGAUAUAAUGUUAUAAGUUUUAGCUGGAUACCAAUUGUUUCUAUCAUGAUUUAUGCUGUAGUUUUUAAACUUGGCGUUGGAAUUGUACCCAUCGUUAUAACUGCAGAAAUAUUUCCAAAUAACCUUAAAGCCAUUGGCAUGACAUUGUCAGAUGCAAUGUUCAUAACCGGAGGAUUAGUCGCCGUCAACUUGUAUCAGUUUAUGACUGAAUAUAUAGGAAUUCAUGUGCCAUUUUACAUUUUUGGCGGAUUUGCAGUAUUUAUUACAUUUUACACAAUAUUUUUUGUGCCCGAAACAAAAGGAAAAACUUUAGAAGAGAUUCAAUCUAUUUUAAAAGGAAGAAAUCCAAACGAUAUGGAUAUAACGCGAAACGGAAUUAUAGAAAGUAAUAAUGCUGGUUAG